UGAGCCUGAUUUUGAACUGAUCAGUGGAAACUAUUCAGACUUGGUGGCGGAGAAAGUAGUGCCCUUGGAAAUUAUUCGUCCUUCGUUUAAUUCGACGGGAGUGUAUGUAUGUGUGUGUGUUUCAGUAGACCAGCUGAUGCUAAAAUUAUAUAGAUGCCGCUCGGUGACCCGUGCCAAAAGCAAGCCUGCGACAUUCAGCGAUGCCUGCAGGGUAAGUGGCUGCUUUCUUUGGAGUGGCGUCCUUUGCAGAGAAGGUCAGUACGACCCAAUGCUAUUGUUUCAAUGCUCAGUGCUGCCAUACAAAUAACCAAUUCAGUUAAACAUUUUCUACUGGAUGCCUAUCAUAAUGAUCUGUGGUUUAAUAUAUGCCAAGGCCUUGGAGUUAUAGCUAACCAUUAUAAAGAGGCGUUAUGCACUGAAGCCUUUCGUGCAAUGGACAAGUGCUGCGAGAAAUGGGCUGAGAAAAGCGGUUGCUGUGCGGGUUUCCUGAAGGAUCAACAAUUGAAAAAGAAAACAGCAAAAUCAACUACGUCACUAUAGUAAACAUCUACCAACC